AUGGCAGAAAGCACAAGAUUCCGCACCAUCGAAGAGCAAGUCAGGAAACAAGAAACCAAGCUACAAGAAUUGAUAGAAUCCUUACACACUUCCAAAUCUGAACACCAGCAAAUCAAGAAAGACUUGAGGAUGGAGCUGGACGAAAACAACAGGCGAAUGGAAGGCCUGUUAUCAGGAAUGAAGCAGAACUUCACUCAGAUGCUUGAGCAGAAAUUCAAUGAUCUGCUAAUUAAGCUGAAUUCUGGCAAGGAACAAGCAACCGAGGGGAGUGGCAGAAUGACCGACCAGCCGUCCAUUUUACCAACUCCACCAGCUCAUCAGAGGUUAACCAUAGACUGCGAGGCUCAGAGAUCCUUCAGGAAGGAUUGGAGUAAGUUUCAAAUUCCAAAUCCUCCUAAGAUUGAUUUACAGAUGUUUACUGGAGAAAAUCCUAGGGAAUGGUUACGUAAAUGCAACAAAUAUUUUUUGAACUAUCAAGUUCCAGGAGAACAUAGAGUGGAUGUAAUUGAAAUGUAUUUGGAAGGCAGGGCUGAUAAAUGGUUCCAGGGAGUAAAAAUUGAGAAACCUAGGCUGAGUUGGGAAGAAUUUGGAAAUCUGCUAUGUUGCAGGUUUAAUGAUAGGACUUGUCGAGAUGUAGUGGAAGAAUUUAAUAAGCUACAGCAAAUAGGCAAUGUUGAAGAAUAUCAGGAGAAAUUUGAGGAGUUAAAAGCCUUAAUGAUGAUAAGAAAUCAAAAUCUGGAUGAGACCUAUUUCAUUUCUAGUUUCAUAACUGGACUGAAGGAAGAGAUCAAGCCUAUGAUCAAGAUGUUGAAACCAGCUACCCUGGCUGAAGCAUUUGAACUGUCUCAGUGGCAAGAGUAUUCAUUGAAACUACAGAAUAAGAGUUUUAAAGAGAAUGUCAAGCCACUGGGAGAAAACAGGCUUGGACUGUCAAGAAACACUAAUACAGCAUUGGGGGUUAAUUCAUAUAGGAUUCCACUCCACAGCAACCCCAAACACCCUAAAUUGGCCAAUUGGCAAGAAGGCACUAAGGAUCCUAGGAGGCUUUCUGCGCAGGAAAUGCAGUACAGGAGAAACAAUGGACUGUGUUUCAAAUGUGGAGAGAAAUAUGGAGUUGGCCAUCAGUGCAAGGUUGGCCAUACGAACUGUAUGAUGUUAGAAGAAGAAGAUGAAACUGCAUUUGAAGAUGCUCUGGGCGAACAGGAUGAACAAACUGGGAAUCCUGGCCAAACCAUGGAAAUGUCCCUGCAUGCAUUAUCUGAGGCCUUAAAAAGGAAGACAAUCACACUCACAGGAGUCUUAGAUGGAGAAGAGGUGCUCAUCUUAGUAGAUACUGGGAGUUCUGACAGCUAUAUCAGCAGUGAAUUGGUUAUUGGAAUGGAUGUCAAGUACCAGUGGGUGGAUCAGCCUUUCUCUGUUAUCAUGGGAAAUGGGACUUCUGUCACCAGCAAUGCUAUCUGUCCUGGGGUACAGUGGAACAUUAACCAACACCAAUUCAAAUUCAACCUCAAGGUGAUGGAUCUAGGGGGGUGGGAUAUAAUACUAGGCGUGGACUGGAUGACACAUUUUAGUCCCAUCACAUUUGAUUUUCUGCAGCUCAGGAUAUCAUUGCAUCAUGAAGGAGGGGAGAUUCACCUGCACGGGCAAGCAGACAAUUGUGACAUGGACCUGAUCAGAGGCAAGGACUUGAGGACAUUCAUUGAAUACAAAAAGCAGAUGUGCAUGGCCAUGACUUCUCAACAGCAGGAGGGAAGCAAACUGGAGUCCACUCCACAGGAGGUACAGGAAUUACUGCAGGAGUAUGAAGACAUAUUCCAGCUUCCCAGUUCAUUACCCCCUAGCAGAAGUGUAGACCAUGAAAUACCCCUUAAACCAGACGCUCAACCCUUCAAACUCAAACCUUACAGGUAUCCUCACUGCCACAAAGAGGAAAUAGAGAGGCAAGUGACUGAAAUGCUGCAGCAAGGCAUUGUAAAACACAGUAACAGUCCCUUUGCCUCUCCUGUGUUACUGGUCAAAAAGAAAGAAGGAACUUGGAGGUUCUGUGUGGACUAUAGGAAGCUUAAUGAACUCACUAUCAAGGACAGAUUUCCAAUACCCAAUGUAGAUGAACUACUGGAUGAAUUAGCAGGAGCUGUGUUCAAAGCUAAGUUAGAUUUGACUGCAGGGUACCAUCAGAUCAAAGUCAAACCUCAAGACACCUACAAGACAGCUUUCCAGACACAUUGUGGACAUUUUGAGUUCCUGGUUAUGCCAUUUGGCCUCACAAAUGCUCCUGCAACCUUCCAAUCUUUGAUGAACCAAGUAUUCCAGCCCUAUCUGAGAAAGUUUGUACUAGUCUUCUUUGAUGACAUACUAGUAUAUAGCCCCACACUUGAGGAUCACCUUCAGCACUUGAGAAUUGUUCUGAAUCUACUGAAGGAUAACCAACUAUAUGUGAAGAAAUCCAAAUGUGAAUUUGCUCAGAAAAGAAUAGAUUAUUUGGGACAUACUAUCACUGAUGAGGGAGUUAAGAUGGAUGACUCUAAGGUCAGUAGCAUCUUGCAUUGGCCUGUACCACAAACGGUCAAGGAGUUGAGGGGAUUCCUGGGUCUAACUGGCUACUACAGAAGGUUUGUUAAGCAUUAUGGAGUGGUGUGCAAACCUUUGACUGAACUACUCAAGAAAGACAGUUUCAAAUGGAAUUCACAGGCACAGGCAGCCUUUGAACACUUGAAAAGGCUGUUGUGUUCAGCUCCAGUCCUUAGUUUACCAGAUUUUAAAAAGGCAUUUGUGGUUGAAACAGACGCCAGUGGGGGAGGUAUUGGGGCAGUCUUGAUGCAGGAAGGGCACCCCAUUGCUUUUCUGAGCAGAGCACUGUCAACCAAGAACCUGGGACUAUCAGUCUAUGAAAAGGAACUUCUUGCACUAGUAAUGGCAGUCACGAAAUGGAGGCACUAUUUGGUUGGGAGUCACUUCAUUAUCAGGACAGAUCAUCAAUCAUUGAAGUAUUUACUGGAUCAAAAACUGAAUACUGCUCUCCAGCAUAAGUGGAUGACAAAACUAAUGGGCCUGGACUAUGAGAUACAAUACAAAAAGGGGACUGAAAAUCAGGUUGCAGAUGCAUUAUCUAGAAGACAUGAAGCUGUUGCAGACCCUUCCCUCCAUUCAUGCUUGGCUAUUACUGCAGUAAAACCUGUCUGGAUGGAAGAGUUGCAGAAAAGCUAUGAAGGGGAUGGUCACUGCCAGGACAUUUUGGCUCAGCUAAUACUGGAUCCUAAUGCUCACACUGAGUAUACUAUGGUGGAUGGGAUGCUGAGAUAUCAAGGGAAACUGUAUGUGGGGAGUGCAAAUAACAUCAGAAACCAGAUUAUUCAAGUACUUCAUGCUUCAGCAAUAGGGGGACAUUCUAGACAGAAUAGCUGCUGGCAGAAGGUUAAAUCAUUGUUCUACUGGCCAGGGAUGAAACAGGAGGUAAUAACCUUCAUACGGAACUGUGAUACAUGCCAAAGAAACAAAGCUGAGAAUGUGCCUUACCCUGGUCUGUUGCAUCCAAUUCCAGUUCCCAACCAGGCAUGGGCCCAUAUUGCCAUGGAUUUCAUUGAGAAACUACCUAAGUCACAGGGUUAUGAUACCAUAUUAGUAGUGAUUGAUAGGGUAUAA